ACAGUCUAGCUUGGCACUCGCAGCACGCGUCGUCUCUCCGUGUAAAUUUAUCUGAGUUCUUCUCGUAUUGCUAAAGUUUUAUUGUGGAUCCAAGGAACCGAACUCGUCGAUUUUUUACCACUGUCUUUCUUCCACUGUCGCGCGGGGCCUCUCUUUUGCGCGAACCUUCUGCAAGUGGACGCGCAACCUGUCCUGCCCCUGAGAUCUGCCGCGCUUUGUCCGUGGGUUGUGCAAACACCUCGUCCGCGUGUGGAAAGGAUUUCUCGCGGCGAACACCACAGCUCCAGAAACAGGUGACAGAAGUGCGCUUGGCACUCGACCUCAAAGAGGCUGUUUGUUUAGACAAAGUUGUUCCCUCCUUUCUCACCAUGUUUUCUGAGUGCUGCCAGCCGUGCGCUCCCUGUGGUGAGGGCGAGCCCGGCGCUGCGCAACCGACUCAAGUCCCUGGAAGCCGCCUCGUUUCUGGAGUUGUUGCCACUCAAGGUGAAGCCCGUAUUCUCGAGCCCCUUGUCCAGGAACGCGUUGUCGAGGUCUUGAAGGAGGAAAUCCAGGAACGCGUGAUUGAAGUUCCCCAAGUGCAGUAUGUCGACAGAAUUGUUGAGGUGCCGCAGCACGUCGUGCACGAGAAGGUGACUCACGUCGCCAAGCCCAUCAUUCAGGAACGCGUGAAGCACGUCCAUAAGCCCGUCUACCAGCAGAAAAUUAUUGAGGUGCCGCAAGUUAAGGUUGUCGACAAGAUCGUCGAAGUUCCUCAGUAUGUCUACCAAGAAAAGAUCAUUGAAGUGCCCCGCGUUGUCGUGCAAGAGCGCGUUAUCCCCGUCCCGCGCAAGGUGGUGAAGGAGAAGAUUGUGGAGAUCAGCCAGGUGGACUACCGCGAUGUUGUUGUUGAGAAGCCGCUGGAGGCGGUCGAGAUUCUCCAGGAGGAAGAGGUGGUGGAGGUCCCCAAGCCAGUGGUCGUGGAGAAGGUCGUCGAUGUGGAGAAGGUCGUUGAAGUUCCCCACAUCCAGCACACUUACCGCAAUGUCAUGACCCCUCAGUAUCGCCACAUUCCCAAGCCCGUCGAAGUGCCGAUGACUCACUACCGCCCGAUUCCCGUUGAGAAGAUCGUCGACCGUAACGUUCCGGUCCCUGUCGAACUCCAGAUUGUCCAGGAGUACCUCUGCCCCAAGAUCGAGCCCCGAUACAAGGAGGUACCUGUCCCUGUGCACGUGCAGCGCACCAUCGAGCACCCCGUUCCCAAGGAAGCUAUGGGCAACCCCAAGCUCCUACCUUUGUACUACCAGGGCACCCAGGAAGGCGUCGAAGGCAUUGUUACACCAGGCCACCCUUGCUAUUCGUUGUCUGCCUGCUGUAUGCCACGACGUGAACAGCAGCCCAUUGAGCUCGGAACCAUGCAGGGCACGGUCGAAGUUAUGGCGCAACAGGGAUACCCGACAAUGCCCGUGCCACAGGGAUGGGACGGAGCUGCGCCCCCGGCUGGCUGGGAAGGCUGGUCCAAGGAACACAUUCCCACCGCCCUUCGAUCUGACCAGCACUCGAGCGGCGCCAUGACUCCCGUCAGUGCCGGCGCUGCCGUUGGAUCCGCGCCUGCUUCUCCGGCGCGUGGCCCCGAGGAUAAUCAAGGUCAGCAGGCGCCGCAUCACCAGGCUGGUGGCGAAGGACCAUUCGUGCAGGUCUCUGUCACCCCUCUUGCUCCGGGACAACAGACCCAAGUCAAUAUCAACUAGGAAAACGGACAGGGCAAUUAAUAUCCGUGCGUGAAGCGUCAGCCGUGCGCAUGUGGAAAGCGGGAAGACAAACGCAUUUUCCAGGACCUCGAUUGGCUUCGUUGACCCUGGCGCUGUUUUUUCUUAUUGUGCACUGUUGGGAGGGCCGUUGAACACCGGCGUUUAUGUAAAAAAGGGACGGGAUUGUCGCCGCCACCAUGGAGUGUGCUGUGACACCUUGAAGAUUCACGUGCUACAUUUGUUCGUUGUAACAUCUGGAGCGUGCUGACGUGGGGGCCUGGCUUGUUGGAAGCGAAACGGGUUAUGCACAGGCUGGUUGAAUGUUUUUUUCCUUCCACGUAAACGCUCCCAGAACGCGACGGUGUCUUCACAGCGAACUCACGAACUGAUUUUGUCAGUCGCUUCUUCUG